UUGAAUCAGGAAUGUAAGAAAAAAAAUAUCAACUUUAAAAUCGUCAUAAUAUACAAUGCUGUAUUACAAUAAUAUUGUUUAAAAAAAAUAAAAAAAUCUGGCAUGUCCCUUUAAGAGUGGGACGACAGCGUGAAGAAAUAACACAGAUGGCAACAACGAAGAGGUGUCACUUUGCUUUGGAUUUCCAAAGUUGCCUAAAUAGUACAACAUAUUUAGAUAACUUAAAGAAAACGGCAAGCUGGGAAGUAAUAAUUCAAUAUAAUAGGUAAUCAAAUGUAUUUAUAUAUCAUUUUUUGGACAUAUUUGAUCAUACAGGGGUAGUUAAUCCGCAAACAUCAAACAUAAUCGUGAUAAAGUUGUUGUUAUAGCUUCAAAAUGUUCUUUUUAAUCACCCAUAUUGUCAAAAUAAACACACUAUUGCUUUAUUUAAAUUUACUGUCUAAAAUACCAACUUAAUCACGCAAUGAACGUUAAGGAAUCUCCCCCGGCGUGAUGCAUCACUGCGUAAAUAGACGAUCUCCGUGCGGUACAAAGACGCCACAGAACGGACGCUAGCGGCUUCAUAGCCGCGUGCCUGGUUUUGGGCUCCGGACCCCGCGAACAAUCGGACAUAUUCACCCCGGAGUAUAUUCGGCCUUUUGUCCGAGAGCUCCCCGGGCGUCGAACACGUCAGCGCCGGCCCGUCCGCGGCUGACGUGCCGGGGCUGUCACUCCACACGCCGGCCGGGACACCGGAAACGAGGAGCUCGGAUUGACAGGAAACGUACCUGGAUUAGUUUUGACCAAUGAAUGGCGAUGAACUCCAGGUGCCACGGCCUUGGAGCCGGACAGAUGGAUUGGGGGCCUGGUCCGAGGUUGUCUGACCUACCAUCAACCUGAGAACAGCGUCUGAGUUGGAAAAAAAACGUCAUUUCUCAGGCUCAAGCAUCUCAGAAACUGGGCAACGGCAUGCAGUGCGAGGAAGGCACGGAGUGGCUGCUGGAGCUGCUGGUGGAAGUACAAUUGCAGCAGUACUUCCUGCGGAUCAGGGAUGACCUGAACGUCACGCGGCUGUCCCAUUUCGACUAUGUCAAGAAUGAAGAUCUUGAGAAGAUUGGCAUGGGACGGCCCGGGCAGAGACGACUGUGGGAGGCUGUGAAGAGGAGGAAAGCAAUGUGCAAGCGCAAGUCUUGGAUGAGCAAGGUUUUUAGCGGUAAGCGUCCAGAUGGGUUAGACUUCUCCCAGCAGGGGCAGCCCGCCUCUUCCUUCCGCAAGCUGUCUCCCACACCCCCCCUGGGCCUGAUGGAGGGGGUCCUGGCCAAGCAGCCCCCCGGAGGUAGUCCUCUCCACGGCCAGCAGCAGGCGCUGACAUGCCUCAUCCCUGAGAAAGACCUCAUGCUGCUGGAGAAGCUGGGGGAUGGAUCUUUCGGCGUCGUUAACAGAGGAGAGUGGCUGACUCCUGCGGGAAAUACGAUUAAUGUCGCUGUGAAAUGUUUGAAGACCGACGUGCUCAGCCAGCCCGACGCGCUGGAGGACUUCAUCUGUGAGGUCAACACCAUGCACUCGCUGGAUCACCAGAACCUCAUUCGCCUCUAUGGUGUGGUGCUCACACACCCAAUGAAGAUGGUGACCGAGCUGGCCCCGCUGGGUUCCUUGCUGGAGCGGCUGCGGUGCGUCCACCCGCAGGGCCCGGUGCUGAUCUACACCCUGUGUCAGUACGCCGUGCAGGUGGCCUGUGGCAUGGCCUAUCUGGAGCAGAGGAGGUUUAUCCACAGGGAUCUGGCGGCCAGGAACAUUCUGCUGGCGUCAGCUCACCGAGUGAAGAUUGGUGACUUUGGCCUGAUGAGGGCGCUGCCCAACAAUCAUGAGCACUACAUCAUGCAGGAGCACCGGAAGGUUCCAUUUGCAUGGUGCGCCCCGGAGAGUCUGAAGACCAGAACCUUCUCUCAUGCCACCGACACGUGGAUGUUUGGGGUGACUCUUUGGGAGAUGUUCACACACGGCCAAGAGCCUUGGGUGGGCCUUAACGGCAGCCAGAUCCUGCAUAAGAUCGAUAAAGAAGGCGAACGCCUUCCGAAGCCAGAGGACUGUCCCCAGGAUGUCUUCAAUGUGAUGUUGCAGUGCUGGGCACAGAAACCAGAUGACAGACCUUCCUUUGUGGCCCUUCGAGAGUUCCUGCUGGAGACCAUGCCGACCGACAUGUGUGCGCUGCAAAACUUUGAGGAGCAGGACAAGCUACUGAUCCAGGUUGAUGAUGUCAUCACAAUCAUUGAGGGCAGAGCCGAGAACUAUUGGUGGCGUGGUCAAAACAAACGCACCCUGAAGGUGGGACAGUUCCCCAGAAACGUGGUGACGUCAGUGGCGGGUCUGUCGGCCCACGACAUCAGCCGGCCGCUGAAGAACAGCUUCAUCCACACGGGCCAUGGCGACGUCAACCCGCAUCGCUGCUGGGGCUUCCCAGACAGGAUUGAUGAUUUGUAUCUUGGGAAUCCCAUGGAUCCUCCAGAUGUUCUGGGUUUGGACCUCAGUGCAGCUCGGCCCACUCUGCUACCAGGACGAGCCAAAAAGCCUUGUUAUGAUCCAGUGAAUGAGGAUGAGGACUUGACAUCUGCGGCACUGAAGAGGUUGUCACUCCUGAAAGCCGGCCUCAAACUCCGUCCGACGGCGUGGGUCUCCUCUUCCAAACACGGCAGCGACAAGAACCCCCAACCCUGCGGCGAGGUGUCCCUUAUCGACUUCGGGGAAGAGUUCGCCCCACCCGCGCCGUCCCCGUCGCCCGGAGUGGAAGCCCCGAUCCCGUGUCUGGCAAAGCUGGCUUUGGAAGCAGAAAACCUCUUGGACCGGACGCCGCCGCAGAGCCCGUGCAAGUCGUUGCCCCGCCCUCUCCACCCCACGCCCGUCGUGGACUGGGACGCCCGGCCCUUACCCCCGCCGCCGGCCUACGACGACGUCGCCCAAGAUGAAGACGACAUGGAGGUGAGUUCCAUCAACAGCAUGGGACAGCAUCGUGAUGAAGAGCAGACGGAUGUCCUCGUUCCUGAAGCCAACGUCUCCCCAGUUCUAGAGAAGCAAGCCUUGGAGGACAACCUCUUCCUGCCCAGCCAGGGCCUCACUACCUCAUUCUGCCAGUCUGCAGAAAUAUUCCAGGAACUGCAGCAAGAGUGCAUGAAGAGGCUCAAUGUGCCCAUGUGUCUGCAGACCCCCCACUACCACGGACACCUCUCCUCCUCUGAGGACAAACCCCAGAUCCCGCCUCGCGUCCCUAUUCCCCCACGCCCAAUUAAAAAGGGUGACUACUCGUCGGCUCGUUGGUCGAGGGACCUCUCUCUGUCCCCGACCCCGGCCGACGCCAACGAAGACAUUUCCAGCUCAGGACGCGGUCGGCCACCGCAGAUCCCCCCCAGGGAACCGUUGUCACAGCCCGGCUCCAGGACUCCCAGCCCCUUGGGCCUGGUAGUGGGCUCCCCACAGCAGAGCGUCUACUCUGUCAGCCCCACACCCACGCAAGUUACCACUUGCCCCUCCACACACACGUACAGCUCCUUCCUCUCAACCUCGCCAAGUAAAUCCAUGCCUACCACGCACAGCUUUGCCUUCGACCCCAAGUACGCCGCACCCAAAGUGAUCCAAGCACAGGGGAAGGGGGCGGGUCACAGAGGCCCCUGCAUCCUGCCCAUAGUCCGUGAUGGACGUAAAGUCAGUAACACACAUUACUACCUUCUGCCGGAGAGGCCGCCUUACCUUGACCGAUACGAUCGCUUCUUCAGGGAGGCUGAGAGCUUGACUGGCAACAGUGUGGAUGACAAACACCUACGACAGGCUAACACCGCGACCGUUCGACCCAUGGUGCUCAGCAGCCAGACGUCGCAGGUGCAUGCAGGACUAGGGAUUGUUCCGCUGGGCGAUCUGAAAGCGAAUUAUUCCUCGGACACUAACAGCGGUCUUGGACCACGGACAGGAAUGAAGGCAUCAGUUAGUCUCUCUGGUAUCCGUGCAGAGGCUGUGACAGAAACCUGUCCCACGGCAGACGGAUUAGGAAACUCGGCAGACCGAGUCAAAGAGGUUCAGGGGGUGGUCCACGGCGUGACGAUAGAAGAGUGCCGAACUGCACUGCAGAACCACAACUGGAGUAUUGAGAAAGCCGUGCAUUACCUGAAGGUGGAGCAGCUGUUCUGUUUGGGUCUGAGCAGCAGGUCUGAGUGUCUGAAGAUGCUGGAGAUGUGUGACUGGAACCUGGAAGAAGCCAGCACGCAGAUGUUGGAUAACUACGGAUCAAGCACGCAACAAAGACGGUGACAAGAACGGUUCUGAUCGGAACUGCUCUCGGACCAUCCCGUGACCCCUUAAGUCACACCUAUUCGUGCUCCUCGUGGACUGGUCAGACCUUUCACUUCUGCACUUAUUCAGAGUUUUUUUUUUUUUUUUAAAGCGUCAUCCAAAGCAGACAAGACAACAAUCUCGGAUCCUUUUUACUCUUUUACUGUUUUUAGCGGAGAGUCGUUCUCUGAUCUUUUUCUUCGAGUCGUUUAAAAAAAAAAAAAAAAAAAAAAGUCUGGCUGGAAGGGAACCUGAAAGGUGGAAAAUGAGUGGUCGGAAAGCACAAACACAAAGAAGCACUUUUAUUUUCUUUUUUGGUGAAAACUUUCCCACUUUCGCCGAGUCUCCGAGCGCAAUUUGCUUUUUAGAUCCAUUUCUGAACUAAAGAAAAAAAAAGAGUCGUGAUACAGUCGUCCCUUUGUUAAUCGUCGCUGAUAAAACAAACAAAACAAAAAAACCCAAAGCAGGAUUAACCUCUUGUUUACAUGCUUUUUUAAAUUUCUCUUUGCUAUUUGGGGCUUAUUGGAUCCUAAUUAGAAUAACAACGAAUAAUCAUCUUUUGAGAGGAUGUACUUAGUCCAUAAGUACACAAACGUGUACUUCAUUUUUACACUUUUUUUCCCCAAAUUCCAUUGUAUGUUAUACUCUUUUGACACCACCAAAUGGUAGUAUAAGUGUCCACAUAAGUGGCCAUAAGACCCCAAUUCAGUAGUGUACACAAUUUUGGAAAUAAGAACUAAAAGGUGCUGUCCACGCAUGUGGCCACUAAGACUUUAGCAGGGGUGUCAAGUUUUCAUUGAGGGCCACAUCGCAGUUAUCGUUACCCUCAGAGGGCCGCGCUUAACAAUGAGUAAUAUAUGAAUAUACAUGUGU